AUGAGGGCGGAACUAAUGGCGAUCGCAAUGGGAUUGAGGAUAGCUUGGGAAGAGGGCUCAAGGCAAGUUGAAGUGCAGACUGACUCAAGAACCGCUAUGGAGCUGAUUCGGGAGUCCGCCGGGACGCAUCCGCACUACAUCUUGAUCUCCCAGAUUCGGCAGCUGUUGAGUAGAGAUUGGCAGGUGGUGCUCAAGCAUGUGUUCAGGGAGGGGAACAUGGCAGCAGACUAUCUAGCCUCGCUGGGGCACUCUCUUAGUGUGGGCGAGCAUGCGAUCACGACACCCUUCCCGACGUUGGAGCGUCGUCUCGUUCCGUCCUAUUACACAAAAAAACAUUUAUGUCUACUUUCCCCCUUAUUUCUCCGCCUACCACACACAAAACUCCCUCUCUCUUCCCUCUCCAACUCUCUCUCCUCCCUAGUCACUAAUCAGAGAACAAAGGUGAAGCUAUGUUCUUCUUUUUUUCUUCUUCUCGAGAUCGUAAAAUACAUCGGCUACCACUAA